AUGUAUGACUUCAUUACUAUAUCGUCACAGACCAGUGAAUUAUCUUUUGAUGGAACAAGUCUCAAACAAGUGUCAUUCAAACAAUCGUCUCAAGUGGCUAAGUUUGAUUUCAUGUUAAUAUUUAUCUAUAAUCCAGUAUUGGAAAAUAAUCGAUUAUCAUUUCGUUUAACUUGUUCACAUGAUUUAUUUGAUGAGAUUACAGUUACAAAUAUAGGUCGAAGAUUAGAACAUUGUUUUCAACAACUCUUUUCAUCGAAUGAAACUAUCGAUCCAAUUGAUACAUGUUUUACAUCUAUAUCGAAAAUAAAUCUUAUUCUACCAGAAGAAACUCAAGAAAUGGAAGAUAUUAUCUUGUGUCGACAAUCACAUGUUAUAAACGAAGGUAUGUUUAUCUAG